AUGUCUGCUCACGAGUCGAGUCAUCAGUCACAGGAGGGAGACGGAUCCCAAUCAUUGGCUCCGAUACCGGGACUCCUCCUGCACCUCUUCGAGGCUGAUGGCCCGUCAAUCGACACCGCUGUGAAAGACCUGAAUGUGGCGAUGGCCGAUAUCCCGGCCGAGGAGCGAGAAUCAGCCUACAUGGCUUUCGUUAACGACUACUUCUCGGAUGAUCCAGAGCCGGUCAAGGAGGCCUACCAUUCGCUCUUCGUGCUAUCCCAGGCUACAACAAGGUCUGGUACCGUCAACAUACGGAGGGAGCUCAUAGUGAGCUAUCACUCCCCUUUCUGCGCGGUCGAGCAUACGCUCAUGAAGGCAGGUCGCACGCUCAAGGCUCGCCUGGACUACGAAUACAUCUCCGCUGUCGAAAUCGCCGCCCAAACCACCCAAGAGAGAGUACCUACUCUCGAUCCUACCGUGAGGGGCAGGGAGUCGAUCCAAGGCACCCCCCAGCUGCAGUUUCACAGGAUCCCGGAGCGGGUCCGAAAUGCUCCAUCGGCUCCUCCGAACAUCGGUUUCGCUACUCCUCCUCUGGGUAGAGGUCCAAGGAUCCAACACCAACUCUCAACGCCACCGGUAUCAACCAGGGGGUCCAACAGCACGCAAGCGGCAGACCUCAUUGACAACUUCGUAUCCAGUGUGCCGUCCGACUACAUGAUCGACCGUAAGGAGGCAACCCGUACAAGGCGCGACGUGCAGGGUCUCAAAAUACCAGGUGGCCGUUUUGUUGGUAUGAAUGACUCUCGUCUCUUCAACGUCUGGCUCAAGAAGCUGACGGUACAGGCACGUGCUAACGCUCUAUCGGGUGACGCAGUCGGUCUAUACCACUUCUUAGUGCAAUCCCUGGGGGAAGCAGUUAUUGCUAAGCUGUCACCCACGGCUCCGGGUACACCUUCUUUGAGCGCUAAAUGGGUAGCCGAAAUCCGCAGGGUACUCGAGGCCCUGCAGGUCGAGUGUCGUGGUGUCAGUGCGGAGGUGGUGAAAUGGCAGGCGGAGCAGCUCUUCGACGCUCUUCGUCAACGACAAGACGAGUCUGUUCAAGCAUUCAUCAAGAGGUAUGACCUGUCCGCCUCUGAGCUCGAGGCCCAAAUGGGUGAGGCUGUCCCCGACGCCAGAAAGCUCACGGGGUUAAUCCGAGGGCUCUCUGGGGAUGCCCGGAAGAGAGCGAUGGAUCACGUGUCCCAGGCGGGUGUGGCAGUUACCUAUAGUCAUCUGAUACAGCACUUGAACCACAGAGAGCGUUUGGAGAACGCUAUGCAACCGGGAAAAGUGAGACCCAGACCGUCUGGCUCUCCGGAAAACCCGAGUGCCCACACGGAGCCGGAAUCACCUGCUCCGACAUUCCCUCCAAGGAACAAGGACGGUAAAGCCAAGAAGGAGCUCUGCCGUUUCUUCUACAAGCAUGGCAAGUGCAAGCAUGGUACAGGGUGUCGGUAUGAACAUGUCCGCAGGGGCCAAGCACAGGCAACCGCAGCGGCAGCUGUCGCCGCACCCAUCGAGACCCAAGAGGACUCGGCUAGUGAGGACGGAGACUCUUCUGAUCAGGACGCUGACAUUUGCGAGCAGCAGCUCUACCUGGUUCGCGACGAUGUCCAGAAGCCCGGUCCUACAAUAUUCCUACGCCAUGACACUUGCCCUUCACCUCUCCGGUGCCUUAUCGACACUGGGGCGUUCUACAACUAUAUUCCAUCUGCACUCGCCGAAAAAUUUGGUCUUGAAUUGCGCCCGCUCGACGAGGACAUGGCUCCCUAUGUAAUCCUCGCGGAUCAAGGCCGCGCUAUGCUUUUGGGUAAAGUCAAGCUCGGUUCUACUAUCUUCAGGGUUCUGCGGUCUGAGGCCUGUCAUGCAAUCUUGGGGGUCGUCUCUAUGUGUGAGAUGGGCAUCACAUUGUCUUUCAAGACCGACGGGGUACGGGGACGGCUCGUGAAAGUAUCGAUAAAAAAGCCUGACGGCCAUCAGAUCCAACUGACGGCGGCGAGCGCAGGUGAUCCCGAUCGUCUCCAAUAUGAGCUAUCGGGAAAAGAGGACUGUGAUAACUCGCACCUCGGCAACAACCACAUUUUCCAGAUAUGGAGUCCUCCCACUGAACUUGAGCACAUUGUUCACGCAACGGAUCUCACCAAGCAAUUACAGACGGAUUGGGCGCCGGUGAAAGGAGCUUCAGCUGAUUUCCAGUGGCGGUGCCGUCGCAUCACCGGCUCGGAAGUCCGUGAUCGUCCAGAACAAGAAUUUGUCUACGAGAUCAAUUGGAGCAAUCCCGCUCCGGGGGUUGACCGUGCCCGCUCCGCUGACUUCAGCCAUGCCUUGUACAGCAAGCUGAGUGAUUCUCAAAAACGCUAUUUUGAUGACGAGGUGAAAUCUUACGUCGAGCGAUCCUGGUGGCUACCCGAGAAGGACUGCCCAACAUCUAACCCUAUGGUGGUGUUUCCGGUAUCGCAAAUAUCCAAAGAUGGGUAUGCGAAAACUACAAAAUGCCGCCCUGUAGUGGACUGCAGAGGUGUCAAUAAGCACUUGGGGGUGGCGGGCUAUCCUGGUGCCACCGUUGCUGAGAUCUUGAGAGAUACCAGGCUCAGAUGGGAGCCCUAUAGCCGACUUAUUACAAGAGACGCAAGUCGUGCGUUCUACUGUGUCCGGACAGUGCAUAAGAGCUACCUCACGCUUAAUGGAAGGGCAUACUCAAGCUCUCGGCUGGUCUUCGGCCUGAAAUGUGGGCCGUGCGCCUUGCUCUCUUGUCUGGACCAUAUGCUAGCGGUGUCCGCCAGUUUGCUGGACAAAGCCGAUGCUGAGGCUCUCUCGAAGAGUGGUGUGUACCUUUACCUCGACGACCUCACCAUACUAGUGUCAUGUGGGACCAGUCCAGUUGCGGAUCGAUUCCUCACCGCACUAAAUAAAGUGGCCAGUUUAACUGGUUUCUCCUUUCCGGACGAGAAGGGGAACGACAACCUCAAGGACCACCAGUUUCGUCAUCUUGGUAUCACCUGGUCGUUUGAGGGAGGUCUCCUCAGCUUCUCCUGCGUUAAGCACCCAGUCCCGCACCUGACUACCUCAGGAGAUCUUUUUCCUUCCACUUGGACCUGUCGUAAACUCUUCGCAGUUGCUGGUCAGGCUGGUUGGGGCUCAGACCCGCUGGGAGUUCAUCCUAGGGUGCGUCUCUGUGGAGAUCUACUGCGCACAGUCGGUGGGCAGCAGCUCCGCCAACACGGUUGGGAUGGACGGUUCACUUUGGAGAAGGGUACCUGGGAUUAUAACGUACUCCACCGUUGUAUCCAGGAGAUUGUUGAGCACAUAUCGCACCGUUGCUGUCAUACAACAGGGUCCUCUCCAUGCAGGGAAUUACUCGUAUGGUCCGAUGCUAGUCCUUCUGGAGCCGGUUACUGCUGCUAUGCCGGACCAGGGGGUGGAGUGAAGGAAUGGUAUUUGGGAGGUAACGCCUUUAUAUGGUCUGGUCCCUCUCGCUCGUACCACAUAAAUCGCAAGGAGCUCAUAGCUCUAGGCAAAGCGGUGACCUACGUGCACUCUCUGGUGGUGGAGUGUCCUUCGCUUAUCCUGUCGCGGGAUACUGGUGGUUCUACCCUGCCUCUAAAGAGGGUAGUUUUUCAUAGCGACUCUCAAACUGCUCUUUCGUGGGCGGAGUUGGGCCAUGCGGGGUGCUCAAGCACUGAGAAGGUGAUGGUUAAGAGACUGGCCAACAAUCUCAGAGAGUUGAUCGACGAGAUCCGCGCCUACGGUGUUGAGGUCGCCAUGAAGAAGGUCACCGGCGAAGCUAACGCAGAGGCCGACAAGCUGAGUAGGCUAUUGGAGGAUAUGGGGCUUCAUACCCAGACUGGAGACGUGGAAGUUGAGGAUCCUUCUAGCCAACGGCUCUCCGUAGUCGUGAGUCCCAACGAUGGAGGCUUGGGCUCACCGGGGGAUGAGGCUCGUCGGCGUUUUGCAAGCAUUCAGCAAUCUUCUGAGAAGAUGAAGGACAUCAUCCACAAGCUCUCCGAGGCCGAUUACCCGGAUGGUAUACUGGUGGAUGGUAAAACGGAGUAUCUAAAAGUGGACAAUGGCCUCCUCGUCGCCUUGAAGUUUCCUCAUGGUGAUACUGCUGAGCCUGCUCGCCAAGUUAUCGUUAUUCCUACCGAUUCCGAACUCGGUUUCUCGGAGGCCAAGCGGAUCAUAACCAGCUAUCACGUGUCUGGUAUCCACGAUCAUUGCCGGCGGACAAGAUGGCGAGUUGGUAGGGACUUCUGGAUUCCAGGGAUCACCGCCAUUGCUGCUAAGAUUGUUCGGGAGUGUCCCGACUGCCAGGCUGCUGCGACAUCGAGGUUCUUUGGACUGUCCGGCGGGGGCUAUAACCACUUGGAUGCUGGUGUUCGCAACAUCUGGAGCGUCGUGAGCUGUGACCUGGCUGGCCCGUUUGUUAAGUCGAAGCAGAACCAUACUUAUGCUCUGGUGUUCGUAUGUGAGUUCUCGAAGUUUACGUACAUGCUCGGAAUCCCAGACUCCUCAGGGAGAUCGGUCUCUCAUGGCAUGGAGACAGUGUUCGACAUUCUCGGUACUCCUGAGAGGCUACGCAGUGAUGGCGGACCAUGCUUCAGGAGUCGGUUCCUAGGCAACUUUCUUUCUCGUCGAGGGGUGAAGCACCAGGUCUGUCUGCCAUAUGCUCCUUGGCAGAAUGGUAGUGCCGAAGCUGCGGUCGGUUCUCUAAAGCGCACUCUUCGCCGUUACCGCGAUGUCUAUAAUGCUAAUGGCAGAUGA